AUGGAGGCUCAUGUGGCGAGUCGUGGUUUGGUCUACCGUGGGAUCAUUCCGCUGAUGGGGUCUGGAUCUUCGAAAUCGACCGAGGAGCUGAUUACAUUCGGGAUCGAAGCCGCAAAGAAUGAGGAAAUCUGUAAGGUUGGAGAUUCAGUUUUGGCGUUGCGCCUGGUGGAUGGUUCUGCUGUCAUGCUGCCUCUGAUGGUGGUUGAUUAG